AUGGAGCGGGCUCCAAACCUGCUUCUCCUCUGCAUCUUCACCUUUGCCAUGGUACUGGUCCCUGAGGCAAAGGACCAAAGCAAGGCAGCGAAGGGCAGGAGAAGGGGCCUGGCACGGCCCCCAACAGCCACCCCUGCCCUUGCCUGGACCCCGGAUGACCCUUACACCACCAUGGCAGACUACGAGCACAGCAUCCAGGACAUGGUGCGCCAGCUGAGGAACAGCUCUGAGCCAGGUGACACCAAGUGCCAGGUCAACCUGAGGCUCUGGAGGUCCAACCGGAGGAGCCUGUCCCCCUGGGCCUACAGCAUAAACCAUGAUGCAACACGGAUCCCAGCAGACAUCCCCGAGGCCCGAUGCCUCUGCACUGGCUGCAUCAACCCCUUCACGAUGCAGGAGGACCGCACCAUGGCCAGCAUUCCCAUCUACAGCCGGCUCCCUGUCCGCCGGCUGCUCUGCCAGGUGCCAGGAGAGGUGGGGCACAAGCCCUCUGGGAAGAAGUGCCACAAGAAGUACCAGAUGGUCAUGGAGACCAUUGCCGUGGGCUGCACCUGCAUCUUCUGA